CUGGAAGUGAGCAGAACGCCGGAGACGUGGGAACCAAACACUGCACAGAAAUCUCUGCCCGUCUCAAGAGAAACCAAACUUGGGGAAAAUGUUUGCAGUACACUUGAUGGCGUUUUACUUCACCAAGCUGAAGGAGGAUCAAAUCAAGAAGGUGGACAGGUUCCUGUAUCACAUGCGGCUCUCUGAUGAGACCCUUUUGGAUAUCAUGUCACGGUUCAAGGCUGAGAUGGAGAAGGGCCUGGGGAAGGACACCAACCCCACAGCUGCAGUGAAGAUGCUGCCCACCUUUGUCAGGGCUAUUCCUGAUGGCUCAGAAAAUGGGGAGUUUCUUUCCCUGGAUCUCGGAGGAUCCAAAUUUCGUGUCCUGAAAGUACAAGUCUCUCAAGAGGGUAAACGAAAUGUCCAGAUGGAGAGCCAGUUCUACCCAACGCCCAAUGAAAUUAUCCGAGGGAAUGGCUCCGAGCUGUUUGAAUACAUAGCUGACUGUCUGGCUGACUUCAUGAAAACCAAAGAUUUCAAGCAUAAGAAAUUGCCACUCGGCCUAACCUUUUCUUUUCCCUGCAGACAGACAAAAUUGGAAGAGGGUGUCCUGCUUUCAUGGACGAAGAAGUUUAAGGCGCGGGGAGUCCAGGACACAGAUGUAGUGAGCCGUCUGACAAAAGCUAUGAAGAAACACAAGGACUUGGAUGUGGAUAUCCUGGCCCUGGUCAAUGACACCGUGGGGACCAUGAUGACGUGUGCCUAUGAUGAUCCCUACUGCGAAGUUGGUGUCAUCAUUGGAACUGGGACCAAUGCAUGUUACAUGGAGGACAUAAGCAACAUUGACCUGGUGGAAGGCGACGAGGGGAGGAUGUGCGUCAACACGGAGUGGGGGGCCUUUGGAGACGACGGGACCUUGGAGGACAUCCGCACAGAGUUUGACCAGGAGCUGGACCUUGGAUCGCUCAACCCAGGGAAGCAGCUGUUUGAGAAGAUGAUCAGUGGCCUGUACCUGGGAGAACUUGUCAGGCUCAUUUUGCUGAAGAUGGCCAAAGUCGGUCUUCUGUUUGGUGGCAGGAAAUCUUCCACUCUCCUCACUAAAGGCAAGAUUGAAACCCGACAUGUGGCUGCCAUGGAGAAGUAUAAAGAAGGCCUUGCCAAUACAAGAGAGAUUCUGACGGAUCUGGGCCUGGAGCCAUCCGAGGCCGACUGCAUUGCGGUCCAGCAUGUGUGCACCAUCGUCUCCUUCCGCUCCGCCAAUCUCUGUGCAGCAGCCCUGGCGGCCAUCCUGACACGCCUCCGGGAAAACAAGAAGCUCGAACGGCUGCGGACCACGGUCGGAGUGGAUGGCACUGUCUACAAGAUACACCCUCAGUACCCGAAACGCCUGCACAAGGUGGUGAGGAAACUGGUCCCGAAUUGUGAUGUCCGCUUCCUCCUGUCAGAGAGUGGCAGCAGCAAGGGGGCCGCCAUGGUGACAGCGGUGGGCUGCCGCCUGAAGGCCCAGCGGAAGCAGAUCAGUGAGGUUCUGGCUUUGUUCCAGCUCACGCGGGACCGCCUUGUGGGUAUACAGGACAAGAUGCGCGCUGAGCUGGAGUUCGGGCUGAAGAGGGAGACCCAUCACCUGGCCACAGUCAAGAUGCUGCCCACCUACGUCUGCGGGAUGCCUGACGGCACAGAGAAAGGAAAGUUCCUCGCCUUGGAUCUGGGGGGAACCAACUUCCGGGUCCUCCUGGUGAAGAUCAGAAGCGCGCGAAGGUCAGUGCGAAUGUACCACAAGAUCUUCGCCAUCCCCCUGGAGAUCAUGCAGGGCACUGGCGAGGAGCUGUUUGACCACAUUGUGCAGUGCAUCGCUGACUUCCUGGACUACAUGGGCCUUAAGGGAGCCCAGCUGCCUUUGGGCUUCACGUUCUCCUUUCCCUGCAGGCAGGCGAGCAUUGACAAGGGAACACUCGUAGAGUGGACCAAAGGCUUCAAGGCCACUGACUGUGAAGGGGAAGAUGUAGUGGACCUGCUCAGGGAAGCCAUCAAGCGGAGAAAUGAGUUUGACCUGGACAUAGUUGCAGUUGUAAAUGACACAGUGGGAACCAUGAUGACCUGUGGCUAUGAAAAUCCCAAUUGUGAGAUUGGCCUGAUUGCAGGAACAGGCAGCAAUGUAUGCUACAUGGAGGAGAUGAGAAACAUCGAGGUGGUGGAAGGGGAUGAAGGGAAGAUGUGUAUCAACACGGAGUGGGGAGGAUUUGGAGAUAAUGGCUGCAUAGAUGAUACCAGGACCCAAUAUGACAAGGAGGUGGAUGAGGGGUCUUUGAAUCCUGGCAAACAGAGAUACGAGAAAAUGACAAGUGGGAUGUACCUGGGGGAGAUAGUGCGGCAGAUCCUGAUCGACCUGACCAAGCAGGGUCUCCUCUUCCGUGGGCAGAUUUCAGAGCGUCUAAGGACGAGGGGCAUCUUUGAAACGAAGUUCCUGUCCCAGAUCGAAAGCGAUCGGCUGGCUCUUCUCCAGGUCAGGAGGAUCCUGCAGCAGCUUGGUCUGGACAGCACCUGUGAAGACAGCAUCGUGGUGAAGGAGGUGUGUGGAGCCGUGUCCCGGCGGGCAGCUCAGCUCUGUGGUGCUGGCCUGGCCGCCAUCGUGGAGAAAAGGAGGGAGGACCAGAAGCUCGAGCUCCUGAGGAUCACUGUGGGUGUGGACGGCACCCUUUACAAGCUGCACCCUCACUUUUCUUGGAUAUUGCAGGAAACUGUGAAAGAACUAGCCCCUCAAUGUGAUGUGACAUUCAUGUUGUCAGAAGAUGGAAGUGGAAAGGGGGCAGCUCUGAUCACUGCCGUGGCCAAGAGGUUACAGCAGGCAUGGAAGGAGAACUAGGAACCCCUUGGGUUUGGGCAAGAUGCACCUCGGAUACUGACCAGCCUCUCCUCCAGGCAGACUUCACCUUCUGGACAGCUGAGGGAGCCCCAGGUCCUUGUUACUGGUUCUACGAUGGAAUUAAAUGACUUUUCUAUUUGAUGUAUUUGGGCCAAAGAUGGGCCAACUUGUGAAAUCAAAGUAUCUGACAGAAGAGAUACUUGUCAGGAAAUUUUCCCCUCCAGGUCUGAGCUAUCAGUUCUCAGUGCCAUUGGGUCCCAUGGCUGCUAGACUUGGAAACAUACACAGAAUCCUCCCAUGUGGCCUGGCCUGGCUGAGAUUUCCACUGGGAUGCUCAAGCUCCUGGUUGUAGUAGAUGGGGUUCUCUGCUUGUGGGCAAACAUCUGAGAGUGAAAGGGACUCAUGUAACAAACUGGGGAUCUAAUCUGACUUGUCUUCAACUUGUCAUGUUGUCUUCAAAUGUGAAGAGCAAAUUAAGACUUUGGAGUAUUCACCCCAGGAUGCAGAGGUGUGGAUUGCCAGGGAGCUGUUAUAGGAAACUUCUCAUGCUUUAAGUGAGUUGUCAGCCUCUGUAGGAUUUAAUUCCUUAAUAGGUGUGUAUUAUCGAGUAGGGUGCCAUUUGGGGCAUUUGUUUCUCAUCUUGUAUGUGGUUUGUGUUGCGGCUUUUGAUAGUUGUUUUAAGGAUUGUCAGGUAUGUGAAAUCUAGU